AUGGAGAAGAGGAAAAAAGGCUCCUCUUUGGAACUGAGACUGAUGGUGGUCGGCAGCAGCGGACCGUCUCAGUUCCAGCUCACCAAUGCAAUCCUGGGAAAGGCGGAGUUUUCCAAGGACAUCUCCAGCAUUUCCGGCAGCAGGAAGAUUGUGGGUGAGCUGGCCGGAAGGCGAGUGGCGGUGAUCAACGCCCCCAACAUCUACGAUAAGGACAUAUCCCGAGUCAAGAGGAAGAUGGAGGUAAGGAGGUCCAAGUGCUUGUCCGUGCCUGGCCCGCACGCCUUCCUGGUGGCCUUCGACAUGGAGAAGAUCUCCCCGAACGACAUCAGGACGCCUCAGCUGAUGAUGAAGCGUUUUGGGAGGCGCUGUUUGAGACACUGCAUCGUGCUGUUGGCCUACGACGGGAACCCGGAAGAAGCCGCCUUGGAGGGAUUGGUGCAGAACACCGAUUGGCCCUUGAGGCAUUUAAUCGAGGACUUUGGCGGCCGCUUUUACAUUUUCAACAAGGACUGGAGGGAGCGCAGCCGCGAGCGAGAGAUGCUGCAGAAGAUCGAGUACCUGGUGGCCUCUCUAGGCGGGGCCUGCUUCUCCAGCAGGACCUUCCAGAAAGCCGAGCGCAGCGUGAAGGAGGAGGAGAAAAGGUUGAUGAAGAAGAUGACGGCAGAUAACGAGAAGGUGAGGAGCGAGUUGGAGAAGAAGUACUUGUCGGAUGAACUGUACCGCCAGAAAGACGCCCACACGGCCAGCGUCAGCGCCGACAUCCGGGCCAAGGCGGAGGUGGACAACGGCUGGCUGAGAACAUCGCUGGUCAGAGGGGUGGGCACGGGCGUGGUGGUGGGCGCUGUCAUGGGGGCGCUUGUUGGCUCGAUAGAGGGGCCGGGGGGCAUGGUUCUCUUCAGUGUCAUCGGGGGCGCAGUGGGUGGCUUUGCAGGGGGCGCGGCUCAAGUCGCCACCAAGCACAUGGAGGACAAAGUGGCUCCUCCUGCCAGACUCAACUUCAACUCCAUCUUCAUUAAUCGUUUCUUUGCAACAACUCGGCCGUGA